AUUUUGUGUAGAAAAUGUAGAAAGGAGAAACCACGCGGCCAGGAAAAAAACGACGGGGUAGAUAAGUUGAGAUUCAAUGUAAACAACCCAACACAUAGCGCAAGUGUACAGAUCGAGUUUAGUCACAAGAAUCGGGUCAAUAUGUACGGAGUAAAUUGUUUUAGCUGGAUCGGUAUGUUUCGUAUUUUAUUUGGAGUAGCGGAUUAGUUGCAUUUUUUAUUAAUGAUUGUACAGUGAAGAGAGUUUUGCCAAUAAACUAAUGACAUCAUACCGAAACGAUUGAUAAUAUAUGUACCUCUAUUUAAAAAUGAAGAACUACAGAUAAUGGCCUAGUAUUACGAAAGCUACUUCCUGCCGUUAGUAUAGCUUCCGAUAGGUGAUUGAGAGGUGAGGUCAUUCGCUGUGUGAAAUGGAUCUAAAUUUCAAGUGUCCGCUGUGCGAUACGUACUUCGAAGCGCAAGAUGAACUCGCCGAACACAUAAAGGCGAGACAUACCUCGUACUACUAUGACACCUAUCUGGUGCCACCGGUUUUGUUUUAUCCCGGCGAAUCCACAGCAGUAGUAGUGGACGAAACUCCUGCCACGGUUGUAACCACAGAACCGGUUUCUUCCGCUGAUGUAUUAAUCGAGCCGGCCCCUGUUCCAGAUGAUGGAUGCUGCGAGUGCGAUUGUUGUGGUGGGGAUGUUGGGGCAGAUGCCGGUGGUGACGCCGGGGGCUGUGGGGAUUGCGAUUGCGAUUGUGACUGUGUGAUUAUGUAGUAGAGUAUUUUGAUGUUUGUGCUGGUUUUAUGUUUGCCUUUAGUACAGAUUUACAAAAGUAUACUUUUUAUUUAUAAAUUUUAGCUCUUGUUAAUAUUUUAAACCGCUUUUAGCUGUAAGGCCUACGACAAUACUCGAACUAAUAUAGGUUUAAUUUGUUAAAAAAAAGCUCAAAUAAACAAAAAUUGAUUAAAAGAGGAAAUAUUAACGAUGAAAGCCUAAA